AUGCCGCCCGACCGUCCUCGAGCAAGCCUUGCGGGCCGCAUCCGGAAUUCGCAGUUCGUCGAUUACAUCUGGCGGCUGGUUCUCAUCCAGGCGUUAUUUGAGGGCUUCUUUGUCGACGAGGCGCGGGUGGACGUCUUCGAUGCUACCUUAAUUGAUCACGGUCUUGUUGACCUCGUCGCGCCGCACCGCCUACUUUUUCCCGACGGCCCCAAUUCCGUCAAGAUGUUAGGAAAGCCAACUUCCCGCGCUGAAUAUUCGCCUUGGAGCUUCACCCAGAUCUUCGAGCUUGUCGUCUGCCUGCCGCUCACAUUCAUCCCGGUUGUUGGUGCACCGGCCUAUAUCAUCAUCACGGGGACAAGGCUAGGCAAAUUGAGUCACCACAGGUGGUUCAAGCUGCGAGGGUUGAGCAGAAGAGAGAGGAAAGAGGAGGCGAAGAAAUACUCCUGGGACUAUGUAUGGUUCGGGACUAUGGCCAUGAUAUUGGAGCUGGUGCCACUGCUGAGCUUUUUCUUCCUGUUGACCACCACGGCAGGAUGUGGCCUGUGGGUCUCGAAACUGGAGAACAAGACGAGGGGCCGGCCAAGUGAAGAAGGGGCCAGGGCAGAAGAAGGACGGGCUGGGCCGCCGGAGGCAAGUGAACGGACAGAAGUUGCAGAGGAAGAGCGCGACGAGCCUCCACCACCGUACUCGGAUGAUCCCAUCUAA